AUGGUGGUCCUAUCAGCAAGACCCAAAGAGAGGAGACUGGUUGAGGGAGUGAGGUAAAAUGUUGAGCAUUUAUCAUAAUCUGAGCUAAUCUUAGACAACUGCUUUACAAAUAAAUAAAUAAAUUAGAUUGUGUAGCCAAUAUGCCUCUGUUACAAGAGCUACAUGAGAUUAUGCCAAACCAGAAACAAUCCCUAGUGGUCCCUACACUCUAGACACUUGUGUAGAUCCAAAAGAGAUAGGUAAAAGGAAGAUGGCAACAAUUCCACCCAGCCAAUCAAUGGGCAAGGUGGCGUUAUUACCAACUUGCUUUUACCCAUAUCCAAUCCUUUUGACUCUACACAAGUGUCAAGGGAGUAGGAACUAGGUGUUGUUUCCUGAUAGGGUCUAUAACUGACAUACUUUUUUGUCUAUCACAUGAUUACGGAGACAAAUGUCCGGAGACAUUUGAAACCCCACCUCUUUAAGGAAUACCUGGGAUAGGAUAAAGUAAUCCUUCUACCCCCCCCCCCCCCCUAAAAAAUAAUAAUAAUAAAAAUAAAAAAUUUGUAAAGUGGUUAUCCCACUGGCUAUAGGGUGAAUGCACCAAUUUGUAAGUCGCUCUGGAUAAGAGCGUCUGCUAAAUGACGUAAAUGUAAAUGUAAAUGUAAUUACCUUCUAUAGAGGUGUAACCGGGGAGCUGCCUGACCUCUGUCCUACAAGUGGCAGAGGUGUACAGGGACUUUACCAAUGCUACAGCCCCUUUGGUCACUACAAUGGACAUGUCCAGUUAGAGGAUUCUGCCAUUGGUGAAGUCCAGGCAGGCUGCUGCUACAACAGCUAUCAACAUCACUUCGCAUGAAGAUGCCCCCCCUCCACCACUUCUGCCACUUGAUGGUUACAGCCUUAACCCAUCUGUGUGCUCAUUUGUCCAUAGAGAGCAUGAAUUUAUACACAUGAGCUCACUGGCAACUACAUUGGAAACGGCCCACAAAGUUGACAGUGCUACGAAAGAACAGAGCUUAUUGCUGGAGCGGCAUCACCUUCGCAAGCCACGCAUAACAUCCUCCUGCUUCAGAGAUGUCUGUCAUGUGAGGGAGCAGAGUUCUGCAGAACACCUGGCUGACAGAAUCCUCAGUGGAACUCGUCAGUCUGCAGAGAUGAAGAGAGGUCUGCAGAUGAAGUCUGCUGCUGUGGAGGAAUACUAUGUUCUCCGGAAUGUCAGCUAUUACCCCUGUGGAUUUAUUAUCCACCCAGAUGCCCCUUGGCUUGGGGCAUCACUACUUUGUAGUGUAUGCCCUGGAGGACAUGCUGAUCCAGCGCAUCCACAGAGACCGCCAAGUUUGGGAAGCAAUCAACGAGAAGGCUGACCAUUAAUUUUUUUCCUCUUACUUGCAGAAAUACCUAAUGAUCUCCUAGGUCAAAUGUUAAAAGAUUUAAAAAAUAUUCGCUAUAUCUGCGAUCAUUUCUAGCUUCUUUCUAUGAAAGAUAGCACAGUGGUUAACUGUUUUAUCCCCUGAAUCCAACAAUGUUAGAUAUUACUGCACUGUCGGAGCUAGAAGCACAAGCGUUUCGCUACACCCGCAAUAACAUCUGCUAAACACGUGUAUGUGACAAAUAACAUUUGAUUUGACUUGAUUUGAUGUAGAUAAAAUUAUCGUGACGUCAAAUGUUUUGGGGAAACAUGUUGAUUUGUUAGUGAGAACACUGGACAAAAUAGUGGAGUGCAGGCCCACAUAAUGGAAUUUAUUUUCAAGAGAGGGUCUGAAUGUAGCUGUUAAACACAGGCUGUUGACUUGCAACACUGAACAUACAGUGCAUUCGGAAAGUAUUCAGACCCCUUCACUUUUUCCACAUUUUGCUACAUUACAGCCUUAUUCUAAAAUUGAUAAAAUUAUUUUUUCCCCUCAUCAAUCUACCCACAAUACCCCAUAAUUACAAAUAAAAAACAGAAAUACCUUAUUUACAUAAGUAUUCAGACCCUUUGCUAUGAGACUCGAAAUUGAGCUCAGGUGCAUCCUGUUUCCAUUGAUCAUCCUUGAGAUGUUUCUACGAUUUCAUUGGGGUCCACCUGUGGUAAAUUCAAUUGAUUGGACAUUAUUUGGAAGUCGCUCACCUGUCUAUAUAAGGUCCCACAGUUGACAGUACAUGUCGAAGCAAAAACCAAGCCAUGAGGUCAAAGGAAUUGUCUGUAAAACUCAGAGACGGGAUUGAGUCGAGGCACAGAACUGGUGAAGGGUACCAAAAAAUGUCCGCAGCAUUGAUGGUCCCCAAGAACACAGUGGCUUCCAUCAUUCUUAAAUGGAAGAAGUUUGGAACUGUCACGCUCUGGCUCCGGGACUGUGUAGUUUGAGCCAGGGUGUAUUCAUUUGGUUGUGUUGGGUAUAGGGUGUGUUCAUUUGGUUGUGUUUGGUUUUGGUUGUAGUGUCUUGUCUCGUCAUGUGACUCCCAAUCGGAGGUAACGAGUGUCAGCUGUCGGCUCGUUAUCUCUGAUUGGGAGCCAUAUUUAAACUGUCAGUGUUCACCUUAGGGUUGUGGGUUUUUGUUCCAUGUUUCAGUCUGUGUACUGAGGACUUCACUAUCCGUCAUUGUUUAUUGUUUUCUCGUUCGUGCACUUUAACUUUAAUAAAGUCAUGUUCGCUACAAACGCUGCGCUUUGGUCCACUCCUUCCGUAGACGGCCGUGACAGAAAAACCCACCAAAAAAGGACCAAGCAGCGUGUCCAGGAGCAAGGAGACUGGACAUGGGAGGAAGCGCCGGGUAAGGAGAUCGAGAGGCUGGCGAUGGCCCAGGUGGGCAAAUCGUGGUCCUGGGAGGACAUGCUCGGGGGCAAGGGACCUUGGGGGAGGAUCAAGGCCCUGGCGAGAGAGGAGCAACGGCGUCAGCAGGGCCAUCGUCGGAAGGACGAGAGGCAACCCCAAAAAGUUUUUGGGGGGGGGCACAUGGCUUGGGCGGCUGGGCAGCAGGAGGCUGCCACAGGGAGACGUGGAGAGAAGGCUACCAGAUUACGGGAGCCAUUGGCGAGUAGAGGGAGGGAAGUAGUGGAGGCACGGCGUGAGAGACUGAGGUGUGUUACCAGUCCGGUCCGGCCCGUUCCUGAUCCCCGGUUAAGGCCAGUGGUGUGUGUUCCCAGUAUGGACCGGCCUGUUCCUGCUCCACGUACCAGACCUACGGUGUGCGUCGCCAGCCCAGCCCGGCCUGUUCCUGCUCCACGCACUAAACCUACGGUGUGCGUCGCCAGCCCAGCCCGGCCUGUUCCUGCUCCACGUACCAGACCUACGGUGUGCGUCGCCAGCCCAGCCCGGCCUGCUCCUGCUCCACGCACUAAACCUACAGUGUGCGUCGCCAGCCCAGCCCGGCCUGUUCCUGCUCCACGCACUAAACCUACGGUGUGCGUCGCCAGCCCAGCCCGGCCUGUUCCUGCUCCACGCACUAAACCUACGGUGUGCGUCGCCAGCCCAGCCCGGCCUGUUCCUGCCACCCGCACCAAGUCUACGGUGCGCGUCGCCAGCCCGACCCGGCCUGUUCCUGCCACUCGCACCAAACCUACGGUGCGCGUCGCCAGCCCGGUCCGGCCUGUUUCUGCCACCCGCACCAAGUGUACGGUGUGCGUCGCCAGCCCGACCCGGCCUGUUCCUGCCACUCGCACCAAACCUACGGUGCGCGUCGCCAGCCCGGUCCGGCCUGUUCCUGCCACCCGCACCAAGUCUACGGUGCGCGUCGCCAGCCCGACCCGGCCUGUUCCUGCCACUCGCACCAAACCUACGGUGCGCGUCGCCAGCCCGGUCCGGCCUGUUCCUGCCACUCGCACCAAGCCAAGGGUGCGAGUCGUCAGCCUGGUCCAGCCCGUUCCUGCUACUCGCACCAAGCCAGGGGUACGAGUCGUCGGCCUAGUCCAGCCCGUUCCUGCUACUCGCACCAAGCCAAGGGUGCGAGUCGUCAGCCUGGUUCAGCUCGUCCCUGCUACUCGCACCAAGCCAAGGGUGCGAGCCGUCAGCCUGAUCCAGCCCAUUCCUGCUACUCGCACCAAGCCAGGGAUGCGAGUCUUCAGCCUGGUGAGGCCUGUUCCGGCUCCACGCACCAGGCAAAGGGUGCGUAUCGUCUGCCAGUUCCGGUCCAUUCCUACCUCACGCGCCAAGCCAGGGGUGCGCGUCGGAGGUCCUGAUCCAGCAAGCUGGGUCAGAUCGGACCGGGGGCACUACGGGGGGAGUGAAGUGGGGUGGUGGUCAAGCCCGGAGCCGGAGCCGCCUCCGAGGAGCAACACCCACCCAGCCCUCCCCUAUUUUGGGGUGUAGGCGCGGUCAGAGUCCGCGCCUUUAGGGGGGGGGUACUGUCACGCUCUGGCUCCGGGACUGUGUAGUUUGAGCCAGGGUGUAUUCAUUUGGUUGUGUUGGGUAUAGGGUGUGUUCAUUUGGUUGUGUUUGGUUUUGGUUGUAGUGUCUUGUCUCGUCAUGUGACUCCCAAUCGGAGGUAACGAGUGUCAGCUGUCGGCUCGUUAUCUCUGAUUGGGAGCCAUAUUUAAACUGUCAGUGUUCACCUUAGAGUUGUGGGUUUUUGUUCCAUGUUUCAGUCUGUGUACUGAGGACUUCACUAUCCGUCAUUGUUUAUUGUUUUCUCGUUCGUGCACUUUAACUUUAAUAAAGUCAUGUUCGCUACAAACGCUGCGCUUUGGUCCACUCCUUCCGUAGACGGCCGUGACAGGAACCACCAAGACUCUUCCUAUAGCUGGUCGCACGGCCAAACUGAGCAAUUGGGGGAGAAGUGCCUUGGUCAGGGAGUUGACCAAGAACCCGAUGGUCACUCUGACAGUGCUCCAGAGUUCCCCUGUGGAGAUGGGAGAACCUUACAGAAGGACAACCAUCUCUGCAGCACUCCACCAAUCAGGCAUUUAUGGUAGAGUGGCCAGACGGAAGCCACUCCUCAGUAAAAGGCACAUGACAGCCCGCUUGGAGUUUGCCAAAAGGCACCUAAAAGACUCUCAGACCAUGAGAAACAAGAUUAUCUGGUCUGAUGAAACCAAGAUUGAACUCUUUGGCUUGAACGCCAAGCGUCACAUCUGGAAGAAACCUGGCACCAUCCCUACGGUGAAGCAUGGUGGUGGCAGCAUCAUGCUGUGGGGAUGUUUUUUAGUGGCAGGGACUGGGAGACUAGUCAGGAUCGAGGGAAAUAUGAACCGAGCAAUGUACAGAGAGAUCCUUAAUGAAAACCUGCUCCAGAGCGCUCAGGACCUCAGACUGGGGCGAAGGUUCACCUUCCAACAGGACAACAACCCUAAGCCCCUAAGCACACAGCCAAGGCAACGCAUGAGGGGCUUCGGGUCUCUGAAUGUCCUUGAGUGACCCAGCCAGAGGCCGGACUUGAACCUGAUUGAACAUCUCUGGAGAGACCUGAAAAUAGCUGUGCAGCGACGCUCCCCAUCCAACCUGAAAGAGCUUGAGAGGAUCAGCAGAGAAGAAUGGGAGAAACUCCCCAAAUGUGCCAAGCUUGUAGCGUCAUACCCAAGAAGACUGGAGGCUGUAAUCGCUGCCAAAGGUGCUUCAACAAAGUACUGAGUAUAUGGUCAUAAUACUUUCUAAAUGCACUGAAGCAGACGCAAAAACAGGGCAAUCAGUUACCAGUCUAAUAGUACUGAAAUUGACAGCAUCACUAGUCCUUUGCCCAUGCUUUGACCAAGGGCCCAUUCUGGUAGUUGAUGAGGAGGCAGGCAACUGUGUUUAGCUGGUUGAUGCUCCCAGUGAUGGAGAGAAGACUGACAUUGUCAAACAGCUUGUGCUCGUUCACUCUGCGAAUCAGUCGCUCCACAUGGAUCAGCCCAGCAAUGGAUUGUGUCUCCUUGACUUCUGCUGUUGGCAUCUGUACCCUCCUUGAGAGGAAAGCCAGUCUGUAGACCUUGCAGGGCACACAGUCGUCCACAAGGAAACCUUUGUCCACGAUUAAGGCCAUCCCUGCUUUCAGCACAGACACAAUGCCUGACUGCUUCAGGAUAUCCUUGUCGCUGACAGAACCUCUGUAAAGGGCUGAAACAAAGGUGCCAUGACAAUCAUCGCCUUGAAGGUGCAGUGGGACUUCACGCUGAAGCAGGAGAAAAUUUGGUGUUUUUACAACGCACCUCUGUGCAGUCUAUCACCACUUGUGUGUCUGGGUAUUCCUUGAAUUCCUCUGUCAAGUGAGCCUUGACUGCUUCCUCGGAUAUCCAGAUACACACUGACCCAAGAACUGUGUUGUCACGAUGCAGCUCACAGUCGACUGGUGGAUGUUGAAUCUGUGGGCCAGAUCGCUCUACUUAAGACCCAGUGAAAGAUGGGUCAUGAAAGGGAAAAACAUGUCUAUGGACUGCAGGGACUGUGACUUUUGGAAAAAGAUUAAGAUGCAUGAAUAUGGAAAAUUAUAACUAAAACCAUCAACCAUCCAGAGGGCAGAUAAAUCAUGCACCUAUAACUUCCCUCCCUAACCCAGGAGGAUUCAUUAUCAUGAUUGGUUUAAUGGCUUAAAGUAGAAUCAAGUAGCAUCAAGCUUGUCAAAGUGGCAUUUAGCCUUUCUGUGUUUGUCUAUGGUCAGUUGUAGCUUUGAUGAUUAAUACUACUUUAAUUUACCUUUGCAUUUCCUGGUAGUGUGACCUCCUCAUUCCUCUUUGUAGCUGCCCUUGCUCUGGUCACACGUACCAUGUUGUGGGAUGCCAGUUCGAUGAGCUUCCAGAAGGCCAUUAGGUGGGCAUACUUUGUAAACCUACACUCACCGACCAGUUUAUUAGGUACACCCAUCUAGUACUGGGUUGGACCCCCCUUUGCCUCCAGAACAGCCUGAAUUAUUUGGGGCAUUCUACAAGGUGUCGGAAACGUUCCACAGGGAUGUUGGUCCAUGCUGACACGAUGGCAUCACGCAGUUGCUACAGAUUGGACGGUGGUACAUUCAUGCUGCGAACAGCCCGUUCCAUGUCAUCCGAAAGACGCUCUAUUGGGUUGAGGUCUGGGGACUGUGUAGGCCACUCAAGUAAACUGAAGUCACUGUCAUGUUCCAGGCAAUGUUUUUAUUGUCCAGUGUUGGUGAUCGCGUGCCCACUGGAACCGUUUCUUCUUGUUUUUAGCUGAUAGGAGUGGAACCCGGUGUGGUCGUCUGCUGCAGUAGCCCAUCCAUGACAAGGAUCGAUGAGUUGUGCAUUCCAAGAUAUCAUUCUGCACACCAAUUACCUGUUUGUGGCCCGCCUGUUAGCUUGCACAAUUCUUGCCAAUGAGCUGUUUUUGCCCACAGGAAUGGCGCUGACUGGAUGUUUUUUUUUUGUCACACCGUUCUUGGUAAACCAUAGACACUGUGUGUGUAAAAAGCCCAGGAAGAGGGCGGCUGUUUCUGAGAUACAGGAUCCGGCACGCCUGUCACCGAUGAUCAUGCCACGCUUAAAGUCAUUUAGGUCACUCGUUUCGCCCAUUCUAAUGUUCAAUCGAACAGUAACUGAAUGCCUCGAUGCCUGUCGGCCUGCUUUAUAUAACAAGCCACGGCCACCUGACUAGUGAGUCUGUAGGAGCGAUCCAUUUUAAUAAACUCGCCGGUGAAUGUGUGUCAGAAGUGGGAAAUAUUAUGAUGAAUGAUGUUAUUGAUAUCUAAUCCUAGGUGCUGUUCACUGCCUCCAGAGGGCAGUACUACCCAGGAGUAUACAACGCCUCGAUCACACCUACAGCGUCAUUGCGCAAAUGGUACGCAGCAUCAUCUGGAUAUGUGUACAACAAAAGUUCAACAUUCACCUUCUGCUACCAUUUCUGUCAAGCCGUCUACGCAUACAAUUUUAUGCAUACUGUACGUUCGAUAAAUCCAACGUAUGCACCACACAGAACGCACUGCAACGCAAUGCUGCAAGGCAAACGCAGCGUUCCAUUGGAAAUGAAUGUACUUCUCGUGUACCAAAACGCAAUGAUGCUGUCGGUGUGAUCGUGGCAUAAGACACAAGAUCCUUUAAUUGCCACCAGGGCAACAAAUUAACACCAGACAAAUGCAGAUAAAUUAAGGAAUGAUGAGAGCAAAAUUAUGUUAGCCUGCAACAAAGAUCAAGGCAAUCCUUUUGUGCAAAAAUUAAAAAGCCUUUAUUAACAAAGCCUUUCUUUAGGUUGGUUUUUACUUACUUUGUUGCAUGCUUAUUUUUACACAUUGUUUCUACUCAACCCACAACAUAGUUUUGGUCUGUCUAUUUAGACCUUGUUUUCAAUGACCUUUUGAUACCAUAUAUUGUUAAUUUUAUAGAAACAAAGCAGCACUCUUUAUCCUCUCUUCUCUACAUUAUUAUUACCAUUAUCAUAACCUACCUUGUCUAGAACCGUAUGCCGGUGUCGGAGGCAGCAAAUUGCUCCAAACAGAAUCGCAGACGGACAGACAUUUCCUCCACGUCUCCUCAGUUGCUCUACCUCCUUACGGAGAUCUUCGCCUUGCUCCAGUGCCAG